AAUGGGUUGUUGCUUGCGGUGUGGCUCUCCGAUCCCCUAACUACUCCGUAUAGCGGAGUACAUUGAUCUUCCCAUUAUUCUGUAACAUCUGAUCAAAUCUCAGGCCUUCCUUGUCGUCCGUCGCUUUGCCAAACCUUAUCAUUUUUAGAUUCAGAUUGCCUUCUUCCUUUGGCCAUUCUGAGCCCGGCAUUUCCCACACGCAUAUUUAUCUCGGAAAAUUAAAUCUAGGGAUACCCCUAUAGCUCUAACUCAUUCCAGAUCUACCCAAACGCUGCAAUGACGGCUGCAGAGAAGCAAGUGAAAUCGUGGGGUUUCCCACAUGUCUUCACAUGGAGCGAUGGACCAAAUGCCCAUUACAGUCCUCAUUCGCACGGCGGCUUGACAACCCAUCUGAUCCUCAGUGGCGAGAUGACUGUGACUUACCCGAAAGAUCCGCAUCCCACCAAGGAAACGUUCGGACCGGGCGCCCGUGUCGAUGUGGAUGCAGGUCGGGUGCACGAAGUAUGGAUUGGAAGCAAUGGCUGUACCUAUGUCAUUGGCGAAUAAUGAGCUGCAGCAUCGCAGGUUAUAGUAGAAAACUAUCCUGGCCGGUCAGCAGCAUGUGAAAACAGAGGAUAGUUGAAACGAGACUUCCCGCGCCAGAGCCGGGGAGCCGGGCAGUGGGAGGCAGAGUGGCUCUAGAUGUCGACAGGCUUGAUCUAAAAGCCAUGACGGGUUUUCGAUGCACAUAUCGAACAGCCACAAGCUUAAGGGAGUUGUGUUUCGACGCCCGAGAAUUCCAGCCUAUGAUUUCCACCACGUGCUUCGCAAUGGGGAACCUGGCUCAGCACUACUUUUUCGACAUGGAACAUUGGAUGUUGAUUCUUCUAGCUCAUUGGAGUUGAGUUUGUGAUGUAUUUUCCAGGCCUGCUCAGAAGAUUGGCGGCAGAGGAAUCCAAUCCAAUCGGGAUCGCAAUACUUGUAAACAUAUGAAACAAUAAGAAGAACAGUCAUGCAGUU